AUGCACAUCCUCCUUGUCAUUUGUCAUCCCAACCAGGAGUCCUUCACUCAUGCUAUUGCCGAUCAAGUUAUUAAGGGAGCACAGAGCAAAGGCCAUACGGUGAAGGUCAUUGAUUUGUAUCGAGACGGUUUCAACCCGGUCUUCACUUCGCGCGACUGGGAGCAAUUUGAGGGUGUGCCGAUGCCUGAUGAUGUGCUUGAGCAACAACGUUUUGUGGAAGAAUCAGACGCGGUUUUUCUCAUUUUCCCAAUCUGGUGGUACCAAAUGCCUGCCGUAAUGAAGGGAUGGCUGGACAGAGUCUGGUCCGCAGGCUGGUGCUACAAGUCGGAGCGCGACCCUGAAGGUAGCCUGCUGAGCCAUCGGCCUUGCACAGUGUUCGCUCUGGCUGGCGCAACCUCCCGACAACUUGACAGAUGGGGCUAUGACAAACAAAUUCAUCAUCUUUGGCGAUAUGGUAUCUUCGGCUACUGCGGGUUCGAACCUCUCAGAAUCACGAUCCUCGAUGACUGCUCUUACCCUGAAGGUGGGAAACAUGCCAAACAUUUGCAGACAGCGUUUCAAGCCGGAGAGAAUAUUGGUCAUGAUCCCGAAGCUCUCCCUGGGAUCAAACCGUUCUUAGACAAAGGCCUCAACAUUCGGGGAGACAGAUACGUCGAGGGAUGA